UCCCGCCCAGAGGAGUAAGGUAGGCGGGGCGUGUUCGGCGGAUGUGUUUGUCAGUGGCAGUGCGGCUGGGUCACUCAGUGAACGGUGACCGGAGAGGGGCCACAGGAGCCAGGUUUUAAAAGGAAUAUUCCGUUUUCUUGACCUCUGAGAUGGAUCACGGUCACCACACCAUGGGAGCCGUGGGUUCUACGUCCGACCCGCACGCCGGUCACCAUCAUCCAACUACGGGGGGACACGACCACGGCGGGGGCGGCGGCGGCCAUGGCGGUGGUGGCGGCGGAAUGCAUAUGAUGCCCAUGUCGUUUUACUUUGGUUACUCCAACGUGGAGCUGCUGUUCUCUGGGCUGGUGAUUAACUCCGCGGGAGAAAUGGCCGGGGCGUUCGUGGCCGUCUUCUUGCUCGCCGUGUUAUACGAAGGACUGAAAAUCGCUCGUGAAGCUUUGCUGCGGAAGUCGCAAGUCAGCAUUCGCUACAAUUCCAUGCCGGUGCCGGGGCCCAACGGGACCACCCUGAUGGAGACUCACAAGACCGUCGGGCAGCAGAUGCUGAGUAUCCCCCACGUGAUGCAGACCUUCCUUCACAUCAUCCAGGUGGUGGUCAGCUACUUCCUGAUGUUGGUCUUCAUGUCUUACAACGCGUACCUGUGCAUCGCCGUGGCGGCUGGAGCCGGCACCGGCUACUUCCUCUUCAGCUGGAAGAAGGCGGUGGUCGUGGACAUUACCGAACACUGCCAUUAAUCACCAGAUUCGAGAGCGGGAGGGAGGGCCGCCUUAACCCUUCACGUUCUGCCGUAUCACGGCCCCAAGACACGGAUCAGAUAGUUUUGUUUAGGGGUCUCCGCGGGAGGCGCUGAGUAAUCACCAAAACCUCCAGUGCCUUCUGUUUUGCCACCAGAUCUAGAAUAGACUCUCGUCAUCCCCUUAGGGCUUCUGCGGUGCCCCUGGAGGGGUAAACAGCAUGAUUUGCCUCCUA